AUGGCGAUAAUGGAAGAAGCGCAUCCGCCCCUGCCACUUGUCCUACUGGAAGCUGAUGAAGGUGCUGGUGUUUAUGCAUGGCUUAUUGAACCCAUGAAGGUCGUCCCGCAUAAGGACGGGACCUGUUUGGUUGCAUAUGCCAGACAUGAAGACCAUGACUACCUUGGAGAGCCAAAUCUAUACAAUGUAAACGCAAGAGAUGUGCAUGAAUUUCUUCUUUGGGCUGUUGGUGUGGAGAACCCGGAAGAAGAGGGUGGAGAGGUUUACCCACAGAUUGUCAAGUAA